AUGUCUAAAUAUAUUAAAUUAAUUGCCUUGAGAAAGCGUGGGUUUCAUGAAAUACCACACACCGAUUCUAUUCGUAUGUUGAUGUUGCAAGCCCACAACGCGGUCCGAAAUAGAGUUGCUCUUUCAAGAGCUGUUGGUCCAGUAGCUGAUAUGAAUGCACUGGCUUGGGAUUAUGAAUUAGAGGAGAUGGCACGGAUGCGUCUUACAGAUUGCGAAGAAACGCCAACUAUAUGCCCUAUGAAUUUAUAUAAUGAUGACAUGGUUUUGGCUGGUGAAAAUUCUUUAACAAUAUAUUCUCUAGUCUUCCCAAAACAUUUUGCUUCACAAGUUUUAAGGCAAUGGUUUUUUCAGGCUCGCUACACAAGACUGUACGAUUUGGAAAAUGGAUUAUUACCAAGCCAUGCAAAUGCAUUUACACAAGUUGCUUGGAGUUUAUCCAAAAGGGUGGGUUGUGCUGCAAACAAAUUCAGAUAUCCUAGGAAGGGAUAUCGUAUGCUUUGUUAUUAUAUGCCCGCUGGCAACGUGGUUAAACAACCGGUAUUUGAAAGAGGAAUUGUUUGCACAGAUUGCGAAGGAGUACCUUGUAGUAAACUUUAUAUUGGAUUGUGCGGAAGAUUCACGAAUUUACCAAAUAUCAGUUCUCAUUUUGUGUUGAUACCAUUGAUGUAUUUUGUUGCAUCAUUUAUAAUAAAGAUUAUAAAUGUCGAUUAA